CGUGCGUCCCCAGCCCCGCCCCGCGCGCCGGCGUUCGGAACCCGCGGAGCUCGGGGCGCCUCUGAAGCGAGUGUGGAGCCGAGCGAGGGGGUCCCGAGCGAGAAACGCGAGACCAUGGUGCUCCAUAGUUUGGAUAAGAUGAUCCAGCUCCAGAAAAACACGGCCAACAUCAGGAAUAUCUGCGUGUUGGCCCACGUGGACCACGGAAAAACCACUCUUGCCGACUGCCUCAUAUCUAGCAAUGGAAUCAUCUCCAGCCGCCUGGCUGGCAAGUUACGGUACAUGGACAGCAGAGAAGAUGAACAGGUCCGAGGCAUCACUAUGAAAUCCAGUGCCAUUUCACUACACUAUGCAGACGGUGAUGAGGAGUACCUGAUUAAUCUGAUAGACUCUCCAGGGCACGUGGAUUUCUCCUCAGAAGUAUCGACGGCCGUGCGCAUUUGCGAUGGCUGCAUCAUCGUGGUGGACGCCGUGGAAGGAGUCUGUCCACAGACACAGGCAGUUCUGCGACAAGCCUGGCUUGAAAACAUCCGUCCAGUUUUAGUGAUUAAUAAGAUCGAUCGCUUGAUAGUGGAACUGAAAUUCACCCCACAGGAGGCCUAUUCUCAUCUCAAGAAUAUUUUAGAACAGAUUAAUGCGCUCACAGGAACCCUUUUUACUUCUAAAGUCCUAGAAGAAAGAGCAGAGAGAGAGAACGAGCCCCAGGGGGACCCCCACUCCGACCCAGGAGAGCAUGUGUACGACUGGAGCACUGGCUUGGAGGACACAGACGAUUCUCAUCUUUACUUCUCUCCAGACCAGGGGAACGUGGUGUUUACAAGUGCGAUCGAUGGGUGGGGCUUUGGAAUUGAGCACUUUGCCAAAAUCUACAGUCAGAAAAUUGGCAUCAAAAAGGAAGUGCUUUUGAAAACACUGUGGGGAGAUUAUUAUAUAAACAUGAAGGCUAAGAAGAUUAUGAAGGUUGAUCAGGCAAAAGGAAAGAAACCGUUAUUUGUACAGUUGAUUCUGGAAAAUAUAUGGAGUUUGUAUGAUGCCGUCUUGAAAAAGGACAAAGAAAAAGUUGAUAAAAUAGUGACUUCUUUAGGAAUAAAAAUUGGAGCACGGGAGGCACGACAUUCCGAUCCUAAAGUCCAGAUCAAUGCCAUUUGCAGUCAGUGGCUACCCAUAUCCCAGGCUAUUCUUGCUAUGGUGUGUCAGAAGCUUCCUAGUCCUCUUGAUAUUUCUGCCGAGAGAGUGGAGAAACUGAUGUGCACGGGAUCACAAGCGUUUGACUCCCUUCCUCUGGAAACCCAGGCACUGAAAGCAGCUUUUAUGAAAUGUGGAAGUGAAGAUACUGCUCCAGUUAUUAUCUUUGUUUCCAAAAUGUUUGCAGUUGAUGCUAAGGCUUUGCCUCAGAAUAAGCCAAGGCCUCUCACUCAGGAAGAAAUGGCUCAGAGGCGUGAGCGGGCCAGACAAAGGCACGCAGAGAAGCUUGCGGCAGCCCAGGGCCUGGCACCCGUGGACCCCACUGCAGAUGGGCAUGCCCUGGAAACAAGCCCAGAGGCAGAAGACCCAAAAGGUGAUGAGCUACAGGUGGCGAGUAUGACCCCUAAACCCGUGCCUCAGGAAGGAAACAACCAAGAGACUUUUAUUGCGUUUGCUCGGGUGUUCAGUGGUGUGGCUCGAAGAGGAAAGAAAAUUUUUGUCUUGGGGCCCAAAUAUAGUCCUGUUGAGUUUCUGCAGCGGGUGCCAUUGGGCUUCUCGGCUCCACUAGAGGACCUACCCCCCGUCCCCCACCUGGCGUGCUGCUCCCUGGAACAGCUGUACCUCUUGAUGGGAAGGGAGCUGGAAGACCUAGAGGAGGUACCCCCCGGAAACGUGCUAGGAAUCGGGGGCCUUCAAGACUUCGUGCUGAAAUCUGCAACGCUGUGUAGCCUGCCGUCCUGCCCACCAUUCAUUCCUCUCAGCUUUGAGGCCACCCCUAUUGUGAGGGUCGCUGUUGAACCAAAACACCCAAGUGAAAUGCCUCAGCUCGUCAAAGGAAUGAAGCUCUUAAACCAAGCUGAUCCCUGUGUCCAGAUUCUAAUUCAGGAAACUGGAGAGCACGUGUUAGUCACAGCAGGAGAAGUCCACCUUCAGCGAUGCCUGGACGACCUAAAAGAAAGGUUUGCAAAGAUUCAAAUCAGUGUAUCUGAACCCAUUAUUCCAUUCAGAGAAACAAUCACAAAACCCCCCAAAGUGGACAUGGUCAAUGAAGAAAUAGGCAAACAACAGAAAGUUGCAGUCAUACACCAAACGAAAGAAGAUCAGAGCAGAAUCCCUGAGGGAAUCCAGGUUGACUCCGAUGGGCUGGUAACCAUGACAACUCCCAACAAACUGGCCACAUUGAGUGUGCGGGCCAUGCCCCUUCCAGAAGAGGUCACUCAGAUUCUGGAAGAAAACAGUGAUUUGAUUCGUUCUAUGGAACAGCUGAUGUCAUCUUCGAAUGAGGGCAAAAACACUCAGAUGAUUCACCAGAAGACCCAAGAGAAAAUUUGGGAACUCAAAGGAAAACUAGAGCAACACCUAACAGGGAGGAAAUGGAGGAACACUGUUGACCAGAUCUGGUCAUUUGGCCCAAGAAAAUGUGGGCCUAAUAUAUUAGUAAAUAAAAGUGAAGGUUUUCAGAACUCUGUGUGGACAGCCCCAGCCGGCAAAGCUUCCCAAGAAGCCAGCAGAUACCGCGAUGUGGGCAACAGCCUUGUGAGUGGCUUCCAGCUGGCGACUCUCUCCGGCCCCAUGUGUGAGGAGCCACUCAUGGGUGUCUGUUUCAUCCUGGAAAAGCUAGACCUAAGUAAAUUUGAGGAACUGGGAGCAAGUGAUAAGCAGAGUGUGGAACAGAGUGAUCUGGUGAAAGAGGGACCGGGAGACGGUGAAACCUGUUCCGGGGACAGUGGAAGCCAGGAGCUCCCCGCUGGCCACGCCGAGCCCUUUGAGAAGAGGGCUUCCCCGAAAGCAGAGUCCUCACUCACUGACUGCUACGGGCCCUUCUCGGGACAGCUGAUCGCCACCAUGAAGGAAGCGUGUCGCUAUGCUCUGCAAGUGAAGCCACAGCGUUUGAUGGCCGCCAUGUACACGUGCGACAUCAUGGCCACCGGUGAUGUUCUCGCACACUCUGUCGCUUUCUCUCCCAAGAUCAUUCCCAGCGACCCCUUCUGGGUGCCGACCACCGAGGAGGAGUACUUGCAUUUCGGGGAGAAGGCUGACUGUGAGAACCAGGCCCGGAAGUACAUGAACGCCGUGCGGAAGCGGAAGGGGCUGUACGUGGAGGAGAAGAUUGUCGAGCACGCGGAGAAGCAGAGAACCCUCAGCAAAAAUAAGUAACUGCUCUGGGGAGCCUCUGCUUUCUAAUAAAUUGCAAAGGAUCCCCCAGGGCUUGAUCCUGGAAAACCGUUUUGUGCUGCAUCGUCUCUGCGCGUUCACUUUCAAUAAAGCCGAUCUGCACAAGUACUUGAAAGGGAGGGGGAGUUAGAGAACGCGCUUGCUAGGUAUUUUUGAUUGAUUUGGUACAAGGCAAGCCGUGAUCUGAGUUUGCGGUGCUGGCUUAUUAGCACCUGUGCGUAGCCCUGGCAGUACAAUGAGGGCCACCUGCUCACUGGUGCAGACCCCACCAUGGGCAGUGGCCUCUGCCUGUCACCAGUGUCACACUUCCGCUUACAUCCUCCACUUAAACAUGGUUCAUGGUUGAUCACCGAAUCACAACAAUCAGCAUCAUUUGGAGAAAACGUAUUCGAGAGACCAGCUCCCUUUUAGUUAGUUCAGCCCAGUCGCUGACAUAGCUGAUCCAUCUUAGGGUUUCUUUGCCUAGAAAAGCAAUGUCAUGUUCAGUCGCUGGCCUUCAACCUGUUUUUACACUCACAAAUUUCAUCACUCGUGUUUUAAUAACUGCUGAUGGAAGUUAUGCCCGAUACCUUUU